GUUUCGCCCUUGGGAUAGGCCACUCUACUCGGGUCCAAACCUCUUACCUGCUGGGGAGUCUACGCAGACCCUUCCGGGUUACGCGGCGCCGAUACCGCGAGUCAUGUGAUACCAAGAUGGCGGCGCCGCGGUAGCUGGCACUGGGUUGUGGCGUCCAAGGAUCCGCGACGGUUUCUGCCCUCGGGUCGUAGGGGCGGCAACGCUUGGCUGGUUCCUGCAGCGGCCGGUAGCCCCGCGUUAGGCGUCUGUCCAGGGUCGGGGCUGUUGCUGUCACAGUGGGUUCGGGGGAGUCCCGGUGAUCUCGCUGCAAGUGUUCUGCGUCGGCCGCGCUCGCUAGAAGAGGAGGAGGGCAACCGUCCUCCCCCGCUUUCUGUACCUGCGGAGUUCGUGAGGCCUCCGAGGGCCCUGGAGGAGCUACACCUGUGAGGGGCUGCGGGACUUAGAGUUCUCGGAAGUGUGAGAGACAGCCUAGUACCCAAAGACCGCAAGGACUUUGCUUCCUCUUCCAGGGGCCUGGGUUCUCCGCGUCUAUUACCCCAGCAUUCUUUCCUACUUCCUUUCAAUGUUCUCUCAGUAUAUCUGGAAAUAUGAUCAGCGCCCCUGACGUGGUGGCCUUCACCAAAGAGGACGAAUACGAAGAGGAGCCUUACAAUGAACCAGCCCUGCCCGAGGAGUACUCGGUGCCGCUCUUCCCCUUCGCAAGCCAAGGAGCUAACCCAUGGUCCAAACUGUCCGGAGCCAAGUUCUCUCGGGACUUCAUCCUUAUUUCCGAAUUUUCAGAGCAGGUGGGACCCCAACCCUUGCUGACCAUCCCCAAUGACACCAAAGUUUUCGGUACUUUUGAUCUUAAUUACUUCUCCUUGCGGAUCAUGUCUGUGGAUUACCAGGCUUCCUUUGUGGGCCAUCCCCCUGGUUCUGCCUACCCCAAGCUGAACUUCGUGGAGGACUCCAAGGUGGUUCUGGGAGACUCCAAGGAGGGAGCCUUUGCAUAUGUGCACCACCUUACCCUGUAUGACCUGGAGGCCCGUGGCUUUGUAAGGCCCUUUUGCAUGGCUUAUAUCUCAGCAGACCAGCACAAAAUCAUGCAGCAGUUCCAGGAGCUUUCAGCUGAAUUUUCCAAAGCUUCUGAGUGCUUAAAGACAGGCAACAGGAAGGCCUUUGCUGGGGAACUUGAAAAAAAACUGAAAGACUUGGAUUACACCAGGACUGUGCUGCACACUGAGACAGAGAUCCAGAAGAAAGCCAACGACAAAGGUUUUUACUCAUCUCAGGCAAUUGAGAAAGCCAAUGAACUGGCUAGUGUAGAGAAAUCCAUCAUUGAACAUCAAGACCUGCUGAGGCAGAUCCGCUCAUACCCUCAUCGGAAGUCGAAGGGAACCGAUAUGUGUUCUGGGAAGAUGGAGCAUACCCAGGAUCAGCCUGACCAGGCAGCCACUACCUCUAAUCCGGAUGAGUGUGCUGACACAGACCUUUACACCUGCAGACCUGCCUACACCCCAAAACUCAUCAAAGCAAAGUCCACCAAGUGUUUUGACAAGAAGUUGAAGACCUUGGAAGAGCUCUGUGACACUGAGUAUUUCACCCAGACCCUGGCUCAGCUCAGCCACAUUGAGCACAUGUUCAGAGGAGACCUGUGCUAUCUCCUGACCAGCCAGAUUGACAGAGCGCUACUAAAGCAACAGCACAUAACCAAUUUCCUUUUUGAAGAUUUUGUGGAGGUCAAUGAGAGGGUGGUGGAGAAACAAGAAAGCACACCACCUCAGCCCAGUCAAGACGGGCUGCCUUCCAGGUCCCUAAGAGAAUGUCCAAUUCCCCAAGUGUUAAUUAGCGUUGGCUCUUACAAGUCCAGUGUGGAGUCUGUGCUGAUCAAGAUGGAGCAGGAACUUAGAGAUGAGGAGUACAAGGAAGUGGAGGUGACAGAAUUGAGUGGUUUUGACCCCCAGGAAAACUUGGACUACCUGGAUAUGGAUAUGAAAGGGAGUAUCAGCAGUGGUGAAAGCAUUGAGGUUCUAGGCACAGAGAAGUCCACCUCUGUGCUGUCUAAGUCUGACAGCCAGGCCAGCCUCACAGUGUCACUAAGCCCCCAGGUGGUUCGGAGCAAAGCAGUCAGCCACAGGACCAUCAGUGAGGACAGUAUUGAAGUCCUCAGCACCUGCCCCUCUGAGGCCCUCAUCCCUGAUGACUUUAAGGCCAGCUACCCAAGUGCCAUUAAUGAAGAAGAAUCAUAUGCGGAUGAUAGUGAGGGAGUCAUCCACUUCCAGGUAAGCAUCAGCCCACCGGAGCUGGGUGAAGCAGAGGAAGGCAACUUAGAAAACACCCCUUCACAGACAGACUCCUGCUGCAUCGGGAAGGAGAGCGACAGUCUGCAGAGGCCGCUCUCCACUUCAGUCCCCACACUCUCUGAUGAGAAUGGAGUAGUGAGCAUCCCCCCACAGCGCUACAGGCAGAAGGACCUGGGGUUCCAUGUGGACUUCGCAGUGGAAAAUGCCAGCCUUUCUUCCCGAGACAACAGUUCCAAAGGGUGCCCUGCUUAUGAGCUGGACCCGAGUCACCUGCUGGCCAGCCGGGAUGUCAGUAAGACCAGCCUGGACAACUACUCAGACACCACCAGCUAUGUGAGCAGUGUGGCCUCCACCAGCUGGGACAGGACUCCCUCCUCUCCUCAUUCCGCUGGCUCCUCUUCUGAGAGGCAUAAAAAGAGGGCUGGCCAGAAUGCCUUAAAAUUCAUCCGCCAGUACCCCUUUGCCCACCCAGCCAUCUACUCCCUGCUCAGCGGAAGAACACUCGUGGUCCUGGGGGAGGAUGAGGCCAUAGUCAGGAAGCUUGUGACAGCAUUGUCCAUCUUCGUCCCCAACUACAGCCACUGUGCCAAACCCGUGAAGCACUGGAUCUCCUCCCCUUUGCACAUCAUGGAUUUUCAGAAGUGGAAGCUUAUUGGCCUGCAGAGAUUGGCGUCCCCUGCCAGUGCUGGCACUCUGCAUGCGCUGAGCCGCUACAGCCGCUACACCAGCAUCCUGGACCUGGACAACAAAACCCUGCGCUGCCCUCUCUACAGGGGCACCCUCAUGCCUCGGCUGGCAGACCACCGCACUCAGAUCAAGCGGGGCAGUACCUACUACCUGCACGUCCAGAGCAUGCUCACCCAGCUCUGCUCCAAGGCCUUCCUCUACACCUUCUGCCACCACCUGCACCUGCCGGCCCAUGACAAGGAAACUGAGGAGUUGGUGGCCAGCCGGCAGGCAAGCUUCUUGAAGCUGAAUCUUGGUCUCGUGAACGAAGAUGUAAAGGUGGUCCAGUACUUGGCUGAGCUGCUGAAGCUGCACUAUAUGCAGGCGUCUCCUGGGACCAGCCACCCCAUGCUCAGGUUUGACUAUGUCCCCAGCUUUUUGUACAAAAUCUGAGGUCAGUCCCAGCCACUGUGACCAAGACCUGUGAUUCAGGGCAUGGGGAAGGGAAAGCUUGGUGUGACCAAGUCCUCUGAGCUGUUGAGACAUCUGGUGUCAUAGGUGGGAAGGAAACGAAGGUGGCAGUGGGGUUCUCAGGUGGCUCCAGGCAGCUUGCAAGCUGGAAUUGGGCAGAGGGGAGCCUGGCUCUCUGAAGGCAUCUGGAAGGACAGUAACAGCUCUCGUCUCCCUGGCGAGGAGUGGCCCCGGAAUUGGGAGGGGGCUCUUGGCUUCCAGAGGACUGGUAGCCAGAGAAGAAGAAAGCCUCAGUGGGUGGGAUGAGGGGCAGGAAGGCAAAGCCCCGAUGGGAGGAACAUGGUGGCCGCAUGCAGCUGCGCUGGACACUUGAGUGGAAAAAUCACAUGAAGCAGCCCGUUAACUGGAAUGAUUUGGUAUAAAACAGGACACUGGCACAUCCAUUGUCUCAUUCAGACUCCAGCUGAAUGUCCUGCUAGAGCAUAUCAUCCCGGGAAGGCCCCUUAACAAGUGAGGUGAAGGGGAGAAAGCUGGGCCCCCGUGCUGCAGGGAGAGUGAGCAGUACCCACCUCCAUGCUCACUUCCUCAACAGGCACAGAAAGGCCUGUGGGUGGGCCCUGGAAACUGUGCCCAUAGGUCCGCAGGAGUGACUGGAGUCGUCGUUAGGCCCCAGUUGUCAGUGAGAACGCUCUCUCUCGGAGAUAGAAAGCCCAGUAAACAGGCAGGGCCAAGGUGCCAUGAGGCCAUCACCACUGUGCAAGUGAUGGUGAGCCAGCAGGCUCUCUGGGGCUCGGUCCACCAGCUUCUCUGGCCAGCGUGAGUUAGCACUGUCCUCUUGAGGAAGGUCUGCAGAUGCAUGUUGGAACUUGGCAGAGGUCAUGCCCCGGUCUUCUCACCCAAAGCAAACCUUUCCAACUACUACCUCUCGCAGGGUCUUGUGGGCGUGGUGACUGCAGAGUUCUGUUCAGCUGCUGGUCUGGGUGGACAGCCCAGCUGGUGAUAACUCAUGGCAGGGCUCUCCUCCAGGCAGGAAGGAGUGGCUGUCUUCAUGUAUCUGCUCAGGGAGGCUGCGCAGAUCUGGAGUGCACCACCUCUCUGCAGCUCUCUUCCACCCUCAUGUGAGCCCCAAGGACACUCACCUCAAGGCAGCUCAACUCCCGUAUCCAUGGAGCCCCCCAAGUACUCAUCUCCCACAGCUCCCUUCUGCCCCCAUGUGAGUCCCCCAGAUACCUCCCCGCAGCUCACUCCCACCCCCAUGUGAACCCCCCAAGUGCUUACCCCCCCCACAGCUCACUUCCACCCCCAUUUGAGUCCCCCAAAUACCUCACCACAGCUCACCCCUGCCCCCAUGGAGCCCCCCAAGUACUCACCUCCCUGCAGCUCAUUCCCGCCCUCAUGUGAGCCCCCUACCUUCUCAGGAGAUGCUCCUGGUUCAACCAUCAGGACCUUCCUGAGGUUUCUUAAACAGUCGCCAUUAGUGUGUAGACGGAGGGCUUCUUGGAGAUCUUGCAAGUUUUAUACUUUUUUUAAAGCUGUUUUUCCCACUAAGUAGGGAGAACUCUUGGUAUUUGCUUUUAAUUUGUUCCCAGAAAAUUGUGAUAAAACAGGCCUGAGCUAGCCACAAGUGCUGAAUACAUGUGUGCGUAUCUACUGGGGCCUUGUUCUGUGUCGGGGUCCUGCUGCUGAGACCCGGUCUGCCUGUCAGCUUUGUGGCACAGCACUGAGGUCACAGAGGCAGAGAUCCCUGCGACUAAAGAGGGUUUGCGUUGUAUCACUUGGUGGUCCCUUCCUUGCCCAAGCCUCUGCCCAUUGGCUCGCACCCAUUAGCUUCUGGUCGGGGUCCCAUUCCUGUCGUGGCAGGGAUUUCCUCAAGGAAAGAGGAAAGCCUUCUUUUGUGGCUGUCUUCAUGGAUGUGUGGUUUUGUUUCUGUGACAGAACCAUUUGUGGCAAGCGGCACUGCUUACAUCUCAUCAUUUUUCCUUGUGCCUGCGCCUGUUGCAUAUAUUUGCACACAGACGCGUCUCUAGGCACAUCUUGGCAGCAUAGAAAUGUGAAGGGUUUGCCAGUGGGUAAAGCUGCAUCGGAAUCCUGUUUCUCUCUGAGCUCCUGUCUGUCACCUUCUCCCCUUCCCGGUGUUCACAGUGCUGCUGUUUUCUAACUGGGUGGCUAACUGCUGUCUAUGUAGGCCUCCAGGGACAUGAGCUUGUGACGUUUUAUCUCCAAGGGAAUAAGAGUGUGGGGUCCCAGUGACAAGGUGGAGAGUGAUCAUUGGCACCGCCAUUGCUGUUUCAUUCCUGUGUUUCACACUGACGUGGACUCUGCGGUUUACACUGUUCUCACCCAGGAAACCGAUGCAGGCAGGUCAGUCAGACUUGGCCUUGAAGAAGCGCAAGCCACACACUCCCACAGAGUUUGCUUUGGAGGGUGUUUUCUCGGAAGCUCUACCUAAGGAUGGCCCCAAAGGUGGACCCUGUGGACUGUACGGUGAGCCAUCAGGUGUGGAGAGACGGUCCUGCAGGGCCCACCACAGAAAGAGCACACAGCAUCUCACUGGAGCUGGUUCUUCACGAAGAAGGCGAGCUCGCUUCACCGACCAGUGGGUGCACACCAGGAUUUCAAUUUGUGGUUAAAACCUAACUUUUCAGUGUGACAGUUUGAAAGGAUUGCUUGAUGCUAAGUAAUGUUUCUUUUCAAAGGGAUCGUAAAGUGGAACUUGGACUGAGCCAGUGUGGGGAGAGGCAGUUGAGACUGUGGAGCUGCCCCUCCCCAGCCCCUCCUCCACUUUGGAGAACUGGAACCUACUAGAAGUCUCAGAUGCAUCUAUAAAUCUUAAUGGUGGGGAGCCCUACGCAAUGGGACGAACCUCUUCAAGAAUUUUCAUUUGAGGUUUUCCUCUAGUAGUAGGUCAAUAAGUGUUAAUAAUAAAACAUUGAAUGAAAACCACUUCCCAGAAAAUAAAGGACAUCAGAGCCCCUUAUUACUUCUUCAAUCCUGUCACUUUGAAGGCCCAGGCACUGAACUUUGAGGUUUGUUUCGACUUCCAGUUACCUGCCUCCCCCCCAACCCCCAGCCCCCUUUUUGACGCAGUCCAGGCUAGCAAUUAUGCAGUAGUGAUUUCCUGAAGCUCCAUUUUAGAGAUCAGCCGAAGCUUUGUAUAGCACCUGUGUCGCCUGAGCUGCCACCUCACACCUCACUUUCUUUCCCCAGGAACUUUGCUCCUUUAGUGGAUCUUUGGAUUUUAGAAGUUGUGACUUUUCCAUAAUUGACUGCAAUGGCUGAAGUUACACAUUGCCCCAGAAUUUGGAAAUGAGCCAUGAUAGCUCACGUAGCUGUCAUUUCCCAUCUAGCUUUUAACUUCAUUUCAGAUCAGUUACUAUAUGCAGAGUAUAGUAGACUUCAACCCCAAAUAACUUAUCAUUUCAAAAUCCAAAGGCCAACAGUUCUACCCCAAAUGACAGGGCUGCUGCAGUUCUGUGAUGUGGGUCUGGAGGCCAAGAGCAGUCUGGAAUAUCUUGCAUGCACACUGACCACCCACGUCUGCCAGUGUUGCGUGCCUCUGCCUCUCUGGACCUGCUGUUGCCAUGUCAUCUUUGCACUGGUGACAGCACUCAGCUGGUGGGGAUCCAUCAGUAGGUGUGAAUGGCCUUCAGAGGCACUGACCCCACCCCCCACCCCCCAGCCAGCAAUCAGAUUUUUACCUCCCAUCUCCCUGUACAGCUCUGAAGAAAGCGCCUUGGUUCAUGCUUUGAAUCAAACGAGCCAGCUUUCUAGCUUUUCUCUAGUACUGUCAGGGAUUAGAGAUACCAUGUUAACAGACUGCAAAAAGGAAAACAUCAAAUUUCUACUUCUGGCUGAAAGCAAAAUCAGUCUCAGCUGAUAAGGCUUGAGCACACCGUUUUCCUGAGUCCUUUUUCCGUUGGUCACUGACCUAAUCUGGCCUCAUCUGUUAAGAUCUGGUUAUGCCAUGGGAAGGAGGAAGCACCUUGCAAUGAACCAAGCUGUUGGUAGGGGGCCCUGGCUUCCUGGGAGUGACUGUUCAGCUCCAACAUGGAAGCGACACAGAGGUCUUGGAGAUGUCUGUUGCAGCUGGGGAGGAGUCAAGCCCCUGAAGAUAAGACUGGGCAGUAUAACAAGUCCCAAAUCAGGCAGAGAUGUGGGGACUGGUGUGUCACCUACACCCCAGGGAGACUGCGGCAGCUGUCUACCCCAUGCUGGAGUAAAUGCCAACAACACACUAGGCUCCAGCCUGCGGGGGCACCUUCUAGGACCACAGGUUGUCCGACCCCCCGACACUGGCUGCACAGGUUGGGCUAAGAUGCCGCCUUUCAGGUUGCAGUGAAAAGCAUAGUCUGUGAGGAAGUCAUAUUUACUAUUUUUUGAAAAGUAUUUUAUUACUGCAUGUUCCCGUCUGUGCGUGAAUGUGAACCCAACCAUGUGAGCUGCAGUCAUCCUCACAGUGGCGAGGGCAAGAGUAUGACAGACACGUGUAAUGGCGGUUCGUAGAUAUGGCUGCACCAGAGUUCAACCAGAGUAAAUGCCAAACAGUAUGAGAAAUGUACUUUUUAAGAAACUAAUUUAUUUGCGUUGAGGUAUUUUUGAAAUAUAAAAAUUGGUUGUAUUUUUUAAAGCUAUAAUUCUUAUAGGCAUUCUGUGGUUAAAUAUUUGAUUGUGCUUAUUAAAAAUGGUCAUUUAUGGUUUGCACUUCAGCUUUGUGAAAAAUAAACUCUCUUUGGGAAGGUGACAUUUGGUUUCCUGAUUACAGGAGGGAGUUGGUUCUCACUCAGGGCAGAAGGGCUCCUCCUGGCUGCUGCUGACAGCAGGCGAGGAUGAGGUGCCCCGGGCUCUCCCACGUGCCCAGGGUGGAGAGUGAAGGAGACCAUUUCCACAGCCGCUAAGAGAACCCUUGCAUAGGUCUGUCUAACUUAGAACUCUGAUUG